CUUGCCAGACAGCUGUGCGCGUGUGUGCAUUUUUUUCAUUUUCCUCGUGCUAAAAAAUAUUUUGUAAAAUUACAAAAAAGAAUACAAAAAUGGCCCUGGCACCCACAACUAAACAAAAAAUUGGCAUUGUUUUGAGCGCGUCGAAAGUUGUAUUCCAUUGGGGAUUUAUUCCUAUGGUUUUAUAUCUAGGGUUUACAAAAGGAGCAGAUCCGGGAAUGCCACCACUUUCUGUUAUGAAUCUUUUAUGGGCGUGAGAUUGGCAGCUGAAUUUCACAUUUUAACUCAACAACAUGGAUAAAUUGCCUCUACCUCUUUAUUUCAAUACUUGUAAUAUUUUAAGGUACUGAGUAAAAUUUAAGUUUCUGUUACCAAA